UCACCACAGAGCUGUUCCUUGCAGCCCUGUCCUCCACAGAGCAUCACUCCGCAUCGUCAGCCAAGGUCCAUUUCCUGCCUGCAUCCCGGCGCAGCCAUGCUGAGCACGGUAGUGCAGCUCUCAGUCCUGCUUGGCCUCCUUGGCUUUGGGAAAGGCCAGAUGUUUCACAUGGGACCAUGCCCAGAUCCACCAGUCCAAGAAGACUUCGAUAUCAACAAGUAUUUGGGGAAAUGGUACGAGAUAGAGAAGCUGCCCUCAAGUUUUGAGAAAGGAAGCUGCAUCCAGGCAAACUACUCACUGAAGGAGAAUGGGAAGUUCAAGGUGAUCAACAAGGAGCUGCUUUCCAAUGGCAAAGUCAAUGAAGUUGAAGGAGAAAUCAUGCACAUGGAUGUAAAGGAGCCGGCCAAGCUUGGCGUCCGCUUUAACUGGUUCAUGCCUUCUGCCCCUUACUGGGUCAUCUCCACCGACUACGAAAACUACUCACUGGUUUACUCCUGCACCAACAUCCUCUGGCUCUUCCACGUUGACUACGCCUGGAUUAAAUCAAGAGCUCCCGAGAUGCACCCAGAAACCGUGGAGCACCUGAAGAGCAUUCUCCAGUCCUACAAGAUUGACACUGAGAAAAUGAUGCCCACGGAUCAACUUAACUGCCCUCCCGAGAUGAUGUAACUCCUGGCACGCAGUAACACAGCGCCAGACCAGAGAUAGACUUUGUUGCUUUCUUUAUUAUCCAUUAGAAUUUCUCUGUGUAACAGAGAAGCGUAAUAAUCCUUUUGCUAACGCUA